AUCCUUCUAGGGUUUUGCAACGCUGAGCUAUGGCGUCGUGAGGAUUGUGCUCGAGAAUGGCCAUGGCGCCGGUGGCUGGAGCGCUGCCCUGCAAUUCACCGCUCCAUCGAUGGGACAAGACGGCCUCGGUGAGCUUCUGCGGCGCCAAAUCGACGUGGAGUGGCAGAGUUCGUCUCCAGCAGCAGCGGCAGAGCAAGAGAUUUCGGAUCUGUGCGGCGGGGGAUUACUACGGAGUUCUUGGCAUCCAAAGGGGGGCGAGCAAGCAGGAAAUCAAGAGCGCGUAUAGGAAGCUGGCUCGCAAGUUCCAUCCAGAUAUCAACAAGGAGAAAGGCGCAGAAGAGAAAUUCAAGGAGAUCAGCUCGGCUUACGAGGUGUUAUCCGAUGAUGAUAAAAGGCGCUUGUAUGAUCAAUUCGGGGAGGCUGGAGUCAAGGGCUCUCCUGGAAUGGGAUCUACUGCUGGCGCUUAUGCGAGCAAUCCAUUCGACUUGCUGGAGUCGUUUUUUGGAGCUGGAAUGGGUGGCAUGGGAAACUUUGGAGGCAUGGGAACUGGAACAAGGCGGAGAAGCACUGCCGUGCAGGGUGAGGACGUUCGUUACGACAUGACUUUGGAGUUCUCCGAGGCCAUUUUCGGCGCAGAGAAGGAGUUUGAGGCGUCACACUUGGAAUCCUGUCGAGCUUGUGGCGGCUCUGGUGCCGUCUCGAGCACAAGUCGAAGGGUCUGUCCUACUUGCGGAGGGAGAGGCCAAGUAAUGCGUACUCAAGAAACUCCUUUCGGCAUGUUUUCUCAGGUGUCUACGUGCACGUCCUGCGGAGGAGAGGGGGAAGUUAUUGCAGAUUACUGCCGCAAAUGCGGUGGCGAGGGACGAGUACGAUUGAAAAAAAGUUUGAAGGUGACUAUACCGGCUGGUGUGGACAAUGGCAGCACUUUGAGAGUUCGCGGAGAAGGCGAUGCUGGACUGAGAGGUGGACCACCGGGAGAUCUCUAUUUGUAUCUAAGUGUCAAGGAAGUUCCUGGCAUUCAGAGAGAUGGGGUGAAUUUGUACUCGACCGUUUCGAUUAACUACACGGACGCAAUUUUGGGAACUGCUAUCAAGGUACAAACUGUAGGCGGGACCAUGGACUUGCAAAUACCUCCUGGAACACAACCAGGUGACGUUCUCGUGCUUUCAAAGAUGGGAGUUCCUCGCCUGAGCAGGCCUUCUGCGCGGGGGGAUCACUUCUUUACAAUCAAAAUAGUGAUUCCAAAGCGGUUAAGUGAAUCGGAGAAGAGCCUGAUCGAGGAGUUGGCAAAUCUGCAAAAGCAGCAAAAAUCUCGAAGUCCAAUCAAAGGAAAAGCGCGUGUGAACGGAGAGAAUGCACAGAGCCAAAGCCAAGGCCAACAAGACGAAGAAGAAGAUGGUGGAGUUUUGGGCAAGGUGACGAGCGCCAUUGGGUCCGCUGCCCAGGGUGCUUUGAGAUGGCUACGCGAGAACCUAUGACACAUUCUUUCCUCCGUUUUUGAUCGUUUCUACCUUUUUAUAUCCAGAGUCGUCAAUCAACACCCAGCAGCAGCAAAACGUUUUUCCAAUGAAUUUCGAUCGUUGGCCAUCUAAACAGGUAAAACUUUCGUGGAAGUUUUCGCCAUUCUAACCAGUUCUUACAGGGAAGGAGAGAAGAGCACACUCCGUGCCUUUGUAUAGCUAUUUGCAUAAAAAGGAUAUGGGAAAUCCUCCCACCAGGUGAUCAAACAAUCGUCUCGUAAUCGAAGCCCCCGAACUACAACGAAAGCUUUGUGGGUAAGCAUCACAUUUAAAACAGUAUACUACCUUUUGAUCAUGAAGAUCAUAAGAAAAAAAUGUUGAUCUCCACACUUGUCACUGCAAAGCGAAAGAUUUGUCAUCUU